AUGUCGAACCAAUUCAUUGGGCUCACUAUGCUGGUGACCCUGAGUUCUCCACCUGGUGCGCAGUUGCGAGGCAUUGUCAGUAGCAUUGAACCUGGUAAAAGCCUGACUUUACGAGAAGUUACCUGUCCAUCUAAUGGUAAAUACGUCCCGGAGUUUACAAUUAAUGCUGCGGAAAUUACAGAAUUGAUUGAGGCUCGGAAUGAAAAUGUUAAGCCGCCUCCCUCGGUUAUACAACAGAAGCCAGCGGUUGUACCUGCAUCGGCAGCAAAAAAAUUCGAAGACCCGGCGAUUUUGAGCAUGGGAAGGAGACCUGUAUCGGACACUCCUCUUGCAGCAUCGGUUCAGUCGCAGUCUCAAUGGAAGAGUACAAUGAUGGAACGCGGUGAUUCGGCGCGAACUGCUGUGAGUCGUGAGGACAGGCGCAAAGAACAGAAUACCUCAUCUACCUUACCCGACAGUAUGACGAGCUUGGAAGUUCACGAUCUGGAGGAGCGUGAAGAGGCAGAGAUCCUGGAAGAACUCGACACAGAACUAGCCGAUUUGUCAGUGGAACCAGCUUUAGCCAAAUCAGGACGACGAACUCGUAAGCGAAACAAUCGAGGCAAAAAGCCUGUAGAACGUGCUUUCCAAGAGCCAAAUGUUGACCCGGCUAAAGAGACGACCCGAUCAAAAGGUUGGAGACAAACCCCGUUGCUAGAACCGGUUACUUCAUUUCAGCCAUUUGCGACCUUGAAAAAGUCUCAGAGAAGGGGCAACAGGAAUAUGGAAGAGAGUGGAUGGGCUACCGAAGAAGCAACCGAUGUGCAAGAGAUGGGAGAUUUUGAUUUUCCAGGAACGUAUGGAGGAAAGAACCUUCAUCCCAGUGAGAACGUCCUUGAUACACCAAAUGGUGCCACAAAGGCUUCAGAAACUUGGAAGAGUGACGCGGAUGACACAGAUAUUCAAGAAAAAAGCAGUCAAAGAGGUUCUGGAAGUGGUAGAAACUCCCGUACACGAAGACCUGAGAGUAAAUUAGGUAACCACCACAGACCGAUCUCACGGAAAGGAAGUACUGUCCCAGGCUCCCAGCCGUCACGAAAUAUCUCUGUCGGACCAUCAAAACCUAUGUUCUAUCUUCUUCCGUCUGAUCGUCGAUGUGAACCUAUAUCAGCGCUUCAAAUGCUUAAUUUGGAAAAUAUCGCAGAUACUGAACUUGGACUUACUGAGGAUAUGAUGACUGAGAAUGCAGGUCGUGGUAUUGCUGAAGUCGGAUUGUCGGCUGUGAACAUUGAAGGUCGUGCUUUAACCCAAGGCAAGAAAUCCACCGUUCCCACGGUCAUAGUCUUUGCGGGCAAUAAUAAAAGUGGUCUUCGAGCUGUUGCAGCAGGUCGACAUCUUCGAAACCACGGUCUCAACGUUGUAGUUUGUGUCCUUGGUCUUGAGCGUGAUUCCGAACUCUUGGUUGGACUACGUCGCCAGAUAAAGGUUUUCCGCGGUUUCGGCGGUAAGGUUUGCACCAAAGCCGAACUUCUCGAUUUCGUCAAAACUUCGAGUGUGCCUAUUGAUCUGAUAAUAGAUGGCCUUCUCGGUCUCACAAUGUCUUUCGAAGAGCUCCGAACUGGUGAUCAAGCUACAGCCUAUGAACUUAUUGAAUGGGCAAAUAGAAAUAAAGCGCCAGUUCUCGCCAUUGAUGUCCCUACUGGUAUUGAUCCCACGAGCGGCAAGGUUAGCGUCAUUGAUGGGCGAAAAUUGUACAUCUACGCGAGAUAUGUUGUUGCAAUGGGAGCACCUAAGAAAGGUUUAUUAGAAGCGAUGAUUAUGGGCGAGGGGGUUGGUAAUGAGGAGAAAUUGGGAUUAGGGAUUACGAGCUUGAAUGCGAAGGCGAGUGGGGAGUGGCAACUUUCCGUUGCGGACGUUGGGCUAGGUAUGGCGGUUUGGAAAAAAGCCGGAACGAGAGUUAGGAGGGGAGUGGAGUUUGAGGGGAGCUGGGUAUUAGGAAUGAGGUUUCAGAGCGGGGUGGGACUUGCUUAG